CGAAACAUGCCUCGUCUUUCGGUACCAAGUUUCGGUGAUUGGCUGUAACGUUAAACGUGAUUACGUCACCCAGUAAAAAUAGAUACGUGGUUACGCCGACAGACGGGGUUCACGUGUGUAUCUGUUUUGAACUGGUUGCGAGCUUCGUUGAACCACUUAAAAAUGCCACCUAGAUCAAAAGUGUGGCUUCACUUCAUUAAAAUUGAUGCCAACAGUGCGAAAUGCAAUAUAUGCAAAAAAGACUGUUGUUGGUUGGUUGGUUAAACAGCUAACCUUAUCUUCACUGUUAUUUUUAUAUUCUCCUCACAGUAGCUCUGACUCUGAUGUGAGGAGGAAAAAGCCAGUCAGCAUAAUUCCAUUCACGCUUGCAGAAAAGGCAAAGAUGCCAAAAGAAAAACAAGUCAUCAGUGUCACAGGUUUUCCAGAACAUGCUGUCAUUUUAGAUGUGAAGAACAGGUGGAACAGCCUGUUCCUGAUGGUGGAGCGAUUUCUGGAGCAGUUUCCUGCUAUCCAGGCAGCCUCCAUGGACCCUCGGUUAAAACAAUCAAUGGAGAAGGACAGGUAUUGUAGAUGAGGAUAGAUUGUGGGAUUACCUUAUUCUUUUAUCAAACCAACCAAUGUGCUGGGCUUUGCUCUAACUAAUACAACAAUGUGUAUAUUUCCUUUCAGACUGGAGAGACUUUCUAAUGAGGAUUUUAGAAAAGCAGAACAGUUUGUCAGAGUUAUGAAAAUACUAUAUACUUCAACCAUUUGCAUCUCUGCUGAAAGGAGUCCAACUUUGGGCCAGAUUCUGCCCAUUUUGGGAAAGCUCCAGCAUCACUUCGCAGUUACUGAUGAGGACUCCUCCUUCACACAAGCUAUCAAGGAAAAGAUCUGGGGGGACCUCUCAAAAAGAUACCAAGAUGAGAGAAUCAGGCAGUUCUUGGAGGAGGGCACAGCCUUAGACCCGAGAUUCAAGAUGAAAGUAGGCGAAGAAGUGUGGACCAGAAUACAAGAGGAGCUCAUGAGUAGAACCUCACAACAGGCCCAGCAGAUGAAGCAGAAGGUUGAGAGGACAGCUGGUCCCCGUGAUGACAACUCCUCUGAUGAAGACUGUGGAGCUGCAGUAGGACCACUGAAAAAGCCAAAGCUCUCUGCUCUUGAGGAGCUAUUUGCUGAUGAAGACAUGGCAGUUGAAAUGAGACAAGAGAACAGUUCUAGCGACACAGACAAGAUUCAAGAGGAGAUCCAGCGGUACAGAGGUUCACCCUCUACCCUAACUUCUGUGAAUGCAGUGACCUGGUGGUGGAAUGUGAGGGACACUAUGCCAAUGCUAUCAAACUUGGCAACCAGGUAUCGCUGUGUGCAAGCAUCAUCGACACCCUCAGAGCAUACAUUUUCUACUGCUGGAGACACCAUCAGCCAGGAGCGGGCUUGUUUGUCUCCUGAGAAAGCAGACAUGUUAAUCUUUCUCAAGAAGAACUGCUAAGAAUUUAACAGUGAGCAUUAGACACUGACUGGUCUCCAAAUGUUCUUUUUCACUGGAAAUAUUUUUUUUUAUAUGA